AUGGAGCGUCUUCCAGGCCAUCAGCACACCGUCUUCGGCUACAUUGAGGACAUUAGAAAGUUUGCCAAAAAGAAGAUCCAGGAGCAUGAAGACACGCUGGACCCAAGUUCCCCGAGGGACUUCAUCGACUGCUUCCUCCUCCGCAGGGAUCAGGAGAAGAACAACCCCACAUCUGAGUUCCACUAUGAGAACCUGGUUGCUACAGUUCUGAAUCUGUUCCUGGCAGGAACAGAAACCACCAGCUCCACCAUCAGAUACGCUCUGAGUGUUCUGAUCAAACACCCCAAAAUACAGGGGAAAAUGCAGGAGGAGAUCGACACUGUGAUCGGAAGAGAACGAUGUCCCUCCAUGGAGGACAGGAAGUCCCUCCCCUUCACAGACGCCGUCCUCCACGAGGUGCAGCGUUUCAUGGACCUCGCCCCCUUCAGCCUCCCUCACUAUUCUCUGAAGGACAUUUCAUUUAGAGGUUACACCAUCCCCAAGGACACAAUGAUUUUUCCCAUGCUGCACUCUGUGCUCAAAGAAGAUAAGCUUUGGUCAACUCCUCGGUCCUUCAACCCCCAACACUUUCUGGACCAUAAUGGAAACUUCAAGAAGAACCCUGCGUUUGUGCCGUUUUCUGCAGGGAAACGAGCCUGUGUUGGAGAGUCUCUGGCUCGGAUGGAGAUCUUCCUCUUCAUCGUGUCUCUCCUGCAGAACUUCACCUUUUCUUCUCCCAACGGUCCCGACAGCAUCAACCUGGUUCCAGAAUACAGUAGCUUUGCCAACGUGCCUCGCAGGUAUGAGCUCAUCGCCACUCCACGCUGAAGGAAGAGGUCCACCAGGAGCUUCAAGAGUUUGAUUACUCACAAAAUCAAUAAGAAGUCUUCAAGUUGAUCUUUCUGACUCUGAGGCCCAACCCAAAUUGCUUCCUACCCCUCUGGCUCCUCUCUAUUGCCCCAAUUGUAGGGGCAUUUGAAGCUGUAGUCGUGUCUGAAAGUGUUUUUUAAGGAGGAGUUUUACGGAAGAAGUAUUGAGUUUUUGUUUUGGCAUGACUUUUUAAAGUUAUAAAACCGGCUUUAAUAUGAUUUUCUGAGAGCUCCGCGCUAACGGAGAUACUACCAUUUGAUGACAUCAUCAAGUCUUAGUAAUGUCUGAGUUUGAUGACACUAUUUUUUUCAUAUCUCUCCACUUGGAGUAUAAAUAUAGGGUUAGGGAGAAGUGGUAGGGGUAGGGAGGCAACUCAGAUUCUGCCUAAGUUUUAUUCAUUUGAUAGACACAAGUUACUUAUUUUGACAUAUUUGAAUGCUAUAUCCAUGGGAAAAACAGGUUAUUAUUUGUUAUUAUUCUUCAUAACCACAUUUGUAGAACAGGCAAAACAAACCUACAUAGAAACCUCUAAAUCAUUUGUGCAAUAAGAUCCUUUUUGUGUGUGAAUGAGUCAUGCUUCAUUUGUUAAUAUAAAACAGAAAACCAAAUCAGCAAAAGUAAACAUCUGAAUGUCCAUCUCAAAACCUCAAAGUCUGGCACAGGAAAUAUUUUAAGCAACUUUUUUGAUGUUUGAUUUAAUGUUGUUGUUUAUAUUGCAUAGUAAAUUGCUUUCUAAUGUUCAGAACCAUUUAAGAAUUCUGUU